UUGCUAGAAUGGCUAAGUAAAUCAAACGAGAGUCAAGUGGAGCGACUGUUGCACAAUCCACACGGCUUCGGUUCACUCUCGCGCCGCCAUUCUCGCAAACCUAUCAUCGCUGCUGUCGACGGCCUUUGUUUGGGUGGUGGGAUGGAGUUGAUCUUAAACUGUGAUUUGGUUGUGGCAACGGAAAAAAGUACAUUCGGGUUACCAGAGGUCAGUAAAGGCGUUAUUGCCUCGCAAGGCGGAAUCCCUCGAUUGUUAUAUCAAUCUGGUCGGGUUCUUGCCUCUGAAUUACUAUUGCUCGGGAAGCCUAUCAGUGCCAGUGAAGCCCUAGAUAGGUUCCGGAUUAUCAAUCGAGUCGUUCCAACUUCAGAUGCUCUGUUACCAACUGCACUUGAAUUAGCCAAACAAAUCAUAUCAAACUCACCGUCAGCUGUCCAGCUUACUAAG